GUUGGGUUAUGCAAUGAAGUCGGCAUGUUCUAUUUUUAAUUAAUAAAAAAGAUAUUAAAGAAAACCCUAUGACUAAUUUAGAUUUAUUUGUAGAAAAUGGAAAAAAGAUUAUUGGUGUUGCAGCUAAUUAUAGGUCUUUACUUAAAGUUCUGAAAAGAGAAGUACCACAAGUUCCAGAAAUUUUUAUUAAACCUACUACAUCGUAUAUAACAGAAAAUGAAGCAAUUGUGAUCCCAAAUGGAUUUUCAGUAAACCAGGAAGUAGAGCUAGGUGUUAUUAUUGGAAAAAAGGCAAAAAGAGUUAAAGAAAAUGAGGCAAUGGAUUACGUAGGUGGUUAUUGUGUUGCUCUAGAUAUGACGGCAACUUGUAAGAUAAAAGAAGCAAGAAGUAAAGGCGGUUCCUGGACUUUAGGGAAAGGUUUCGAUACGGCAACACCAGUCAGUAAAUUUAUCCCCCGAUCCUACAUACCAGAUCCGUACAAACUAACUUUGUGGUGCUCAGUCAACGGAAAAAUGCGCCAAAAAGGUUCUACGAAUGAUCUCGUCUUUAACAUACCUUUUCUAAUAAGCUACAUCAGCAAAUACAUCACCUUGGAACCCAACGAUCUGAUUUUGACGGGUUCCCCGCCUGAUAUGGGUCCAGUAAAGGAAAACGACGUUAUCGAAACCGGAAUUACGGACGUUGUCGAAGUAAAAUUUAAGGUGUUUAAUGAAAACUAGUUUAUUUUUGUCACUUAAUAAAAACUUUUACUCUUCCAAUUCUUUAAUAAUUUCCUCUUCUUCAACUUCCACCUUCAUUAUACUUCUUAUAUUCGUCUCUAAAGUAACGUCUCUAUUGCAAUAUAGGUGGUCGCAAAGGUAGGCAAAUGAGGAACCAAUCAGCGCACCUCCUAUUACAUCUGAAAUGAAACAAAAUUAAAGCCAGGCACAACACUCUACG